AUUUAACCAACUUCAACCUGAACAUGAGAAACUUUCCCAAAGGGACCAGGCCCAGCCUGUCCAGGACUGGAGGUGUUUUGAUAAUGCAGAAACUUGAUCUGAGUCCCCCAGCCUCUGCCCUUGGCCUGGAUCCACGCACUCAAGAGCCAGGUCUCCACCUAGGGGCUCCUGGCACCAGCCCAGACAGCCAUCCCUACCCCGGGGGUUCCUUGCCGGGUCUUUCUCUCUCCCCUUAUCUCCUGCUACCAGGGCCUUGCUCCCCAACACUUAGUGUGUUCAGUUCUGUCAAACACACCCUUUAAGAAGCCCUUGGUUUGUUUAUUUUUUCUAUUGCACCUUCCAGAAAGGCACAGUUGGUCAUUUUUCCAGAAAGUCCUAGGAGUCUACAGAAGCUGGGGAGCUCAGCCGCUGCUCUCUCCUAUCACGUCUGGAAGACUUGUUCUACACCUUCCUGGAACUUGUGGAGAAGUCAGGCGAUCCCCUCAAGGCCACAAAAUCUCCCUGGGAAGCCCUACAGCCCUACUACUAUUUGGAAAGUAUCUGGGGCUCAGGCCUCUCUGUCUCCAACAGCCAUGGCAAACACACAAGGUCGAGACAUCUUUCCACCCAGCUGCUCCAUCAUCUUCCUCCUCCUGCAGCUUCUGUCCUGCAGCCUCUCUGCAAACGGGAAAGCUGAUUUCUCUGUCUCUGGUCCCGGCCAACCGGUCCUGGCUAUGGUGGGGGAAAGUGUGAAGCUGCGAUGCCAUCUGUCCCUCAAUAUCAGUGUGAAGGACAUGGAGGUGAGGUGGUACAGGGAGGAGCUGUCCCCAGCUGUGCACCUGCACAAGAAAGGCAAAGAUGUGCCUGAAGAGCAGAUGUGGCAGUACGAGGGCAGGACGACCUUCCUGAUGUCCGGGCUGGCCCAAGACCAAGCUGUUCUGACCAUACACAAUGUCAUGGUGUUCGAUAACGGGACCUUCCAUUGCAAGUUCAAAGAUGGCAUGGCGUCUGCGGAGACCACCCUGUGGCUAAGAGUGGCAGGGCUGGGCUCUGAGCCCAGAAUCCAAGUGCGAGCUGGCCAGGAUGAAGGUAUCAGGGCAGAGUGCACCUCGGAGGGCUGGUACCCAGAGCCCCAGGUGGAGUGGAGAGACUUCAGGGGACAGACCCUACCUUCCACGACCAACCUCACAGUGUUGCCAACAACGGGCCUCUUUGCGAUGGUGUCCAAUGUGACUGUCUGGGACAGGGACGUGGGGAACCUCUCUUGCUCUAUCUCCAACCCCCUCCUCCAGGAGAGGAUGGAGGCCAAGAUCUGCCUACCUGACCCUCUUUUAGCUCAGUUGUCCAGAAGUUUCCCAUCAAUGGCGUGGAGGACAGUGCUGCCUGUGAUGCUCAUUGUAGUGGGACUUGUAGCAAUUGGAGCCACCUGUCUUUUCUGGAAACGUCAGAGGGACAGGGAUAGGGUACAGCUGGAAGAAGAGAAACUGUACAGAGAAGAGGAGCAGCUGUCCCAAGGCUGGCCAGAGGACAUCAUCUAUGUGAGCCCAUCCCUGGACCCCGACACUGCAAGCCCCAAGCUCGCUCUCUCGAGGCAGCUGUUCUUUGAACAAGAGCUGCCCAAACCCAGCAGAUUCAACCGGGACCCCUGUGUGCUGGGUCGGGAGCAGUUCUCAGCUGGGAGGUAUUACGGGAGGUAUUACUGGGAGGUCCAGGUGGGGCACAGGAAGACCUGGAACCUGGGCAUGUGUCUGGAGAGCUUGGUUUGGAUGGGAAGGAUCCUCAAGGCCCCCCAGCACGGACUCUGGGCCCUGGAGCUGUACAAGAAGGGGUUCUGGGCGCUUGCCUUCCCAAGAGUUCACCUGCACCCUUCAGAGCCCCUGCAUCGUGUGGGCAUUUUCCUGGACUGUGAUGCAGGCAGAAUCUCCUUCUACAGCAUGGGCAAUGGAUCCUUUGUCUACGCGUUCUCUGGACUGUCCUUCUCGGCACCCCUGAGGCCAUUCUUCUGCCUCUGGACACACGACCCCAGCCCCCUAACCAUCUGUUCAGAAUGGCAGCCCCCAGAGGCCUUGGGGCCUCCUCAGGGUGAGGGACAGGACAGGGUGGGAACCCUCCUCCAGCAAGACCCAUGAUCUCUCUGCUCCAGCCUGUCACCAGUUUGGGGGAGAUGUAUCCAUUCUAAGUCCCAGCUAGAUCACAUACAAGGGUGAACC